UGACAGCUACCCUAAGUAAUAGGAACACAAGUGGCGUUUAGGUAGUGCUGUUUCUGGAAUAUGACAAUUCUGCUUUAUGGAGGUUCUGGCGAAGGCCAUUUUUUUGUAAAUAAAGAUUUUGAACAUUGAUUUUUUGCCAACUGAGAGCGAUCCUUUUAAACACAUACAACAAGCGACAUUAGUGUAACAACAUUGUCCCUAAUAGGAGGAACUUCGUCCAUUAGCCGUUGAUUCUGUUGAACGUUUCACACCACCUCUAGAGUCCUUUAAUACCGUUGAGUCUUCGAUAUAUAUUAUUUCAUAUAUUACAUUCUAUUAAUUGGUAAGUAAUUGGAGAUGCGUUUAAUGAUAUAAAGUGAAGAGCAAGGAUAAUGCUAACAAUACAGUUUGGCCAGUGUGGUAACCAGCUUGGCCAUACUAUUCACUCCAAAAUAUUGGCUGACUUAACUUUUCUGAAUACCGGUGUGCAAUCUCAAAGAAAUAAAGAGUAUGCUGAAAGUACUUAUAACAAAUGGUUUAAAGAUGUAUCAAGAAAUGGAGAAUAUAUAGCAAGAGCAAUUCUGGUAGAUGCGGAGCAGAAAGUGGUCAACAAAAUAUGCAAUGAUGCAGAUUCUGGAUGGAGAUAUGAUAUGAAAAAUGUAGUUUACGAUGCUGGAGGAGGUUGUGCGAAUAAUUGGGCAUUUGGAUAUGGGAGGAAGGGCAAAUAUUUGGGAGAAAAAACUGUGGAAGCUGUUAGACAUGAAAUUGAGAGAUUGGAUCAUUUUGAAGGUAUCCUUUUCUGUUUGAGUUCUGCGGGUGGUACUGGAUCUGGUGUUGGUAGUUACACAGCUGAGCUACUGCGGAAUGAGUUUCCAACUAAAAGUGUAGCAAGUAUUGUUGUACUGCCUUUUACCUCAGGGGAAGUGGGUACUCAGAAUUAUAAUUCGUUACUGACUUUAUCGAAGCUCUAUGAUGAAACGGAUGCUGUGUUUAUUUUUGAAAAUGAGCAAAUACAUGCAAUAUGUACAAAUUUAUUGAAAAACUUAGAAGCAAAACUGUAUGAUAUAAAUGAGGUUAUAUCACAAAAGUUAACAGCUCUUUUUCAGCCACUUGAAGAUUCGCAAAUAAAUUUGAACUAUUUAGUGUCAAGGAUAGCAUCACAUCCAAGCUACAAAUUGAUCACUAUAAAAAGUACUCCACAUAUUGCAGCAUCGAGUACUGUGUAUGAAACUUCUUAUAAAUGGGAAACUUAUAUACGUCAUCUUAAACAAACACUACGAAUUCCCAGUUAUCAUAAUGAACUGGUAGAUGUGGAAACGAAAAUGCCAUCUCAAAGUUUCAGUGCUAGAAGAUCCCUUAUGUAUUCUCAAUCAGUAUCCAAUUUAUUAAUAACUCGUGGCACGUCUGUGAGAAAUGAUCCGAUUGUUGGUGACGAAUUAAAAGAAAAAGAAUUAUAUACAAGUUGGAUUUCUGAAGCAGAUCAAUUUAAGCAUUUACAUCAAACACGUAGAUUGCUUAAUCAAGAAAAAUUCUGUGCCCUGAUAACAAAUAACUCCCAGCUCCAAAAGCCACUGGAUACAUUUUUAGAGAAAGCCUGGAAUGCAUACACACAUUCUGCAUUCUUGCAUCAAUAUAAACGAUUUGGAUUGGAAGAAGAUGACUUUCUACAAGCAUUUGCCAAAGUAGAAAAUGUUAUUAAAUCAUACAAAGACUUAAACAUUGCUAACACUAACAAAUGAUAAUCAGCCAUAAUCAAAGCAAAAUAGAAAGAAAAUGGCUAUGGAAGCCAAUGAUGGGAAAAGCGCUGAUGAAAGUGAUGGAGAAUACUUUUUCGAAUCCGAUCAUUUGGCUUUGAAAGGAAACAAAGAUUAUACAGCACUUCUCAAAACGAUU